GCCCGGGAGGCCCGGCUACCGGGACGACCGGGGGUGCAGGAGUCGCAACCCGAUCAGAGGAGCCUGGAUCAGACAGGUUUCGAUCGAGAGACGAAGACGAUGAGGAGCCCGGGAGGCCCCAGCGCUGUUCACGGCGUGUGGUGGACCCCCAGCAUCCUGGCAAAGCCGUUUGGGAUGUCGGCAUUUCCAUUAUGAUCGUGUACUCGGUCCUGGUGGAGCCGUUCCGGAUUGGCUUCGGUGUGGAAGUGUCGGGUGCAAUGCUCGCCAUAGACAUCUUUGUGGAUUGCCUCUUCGUGAUAGACAUUGUGUUGACUUUCUUCACUGCGUACCUCGACGAACGUGAGGUGCUGGUGACAAAUCGCCUGCGGAUAGCGCAGCGAUAUUUGAGGGGUUUCUUCGUGAUUGACGUAGCAUCCGUUUUCCCGGCAGAGCUCUUCUUGCUGGCAAUUCAGCCGGACAUCGCUACACAAGCACGUGCAGUGAAGCUGCUGAGGCUUGUGAGACUUAUGAAGCUGGGGAGGCUCUUCAAGCUGAAACGCCUGGUGCUCCUCGUAGAAGAGAAACUGAACUUCAGUCUGCAAGUGAUGGACAUGUUGAAGAUGUUGGUGAAGGUCCUUUUCAUCGUGCAUUGGUUGGCAUGCUUGACGUUCCUCGUCGCAUCACCUGUCUGCGCGGACGGCACAGCGAUGCCCUGCCCACCGCCAGAGGGCCCGAACGACGACACCAGGUUCUGGUCAAACUGGGUGCGAAUGUUCCAAGUGGACAAAUUUGACCUGGCGGCCCGCUACUUGAGCACCUUUCACUUCAUCACAGCGACACUCAUGGCUGUUGGAUAUGGGGACAUCUUCCCAGCUAACUCCUUCGAGCGCAUCGUGUGCAUUGUGUCUCAGAUCACGGGUGCAGUGCUGUUCGGCUUUCUCCUCUCCUGCAUCACCGCAGUCCUCGAGUUCACACACCCACGCGAGCUGGAGCACAAGAAGCGGAUGUCCGAGAUUAAGAACUGGCUUCGGAAUCGAAGCUUGCCGCAGCCCUUGAAGACGCAGGUCUGGUCGCACUUUUGCUACGUUACUGCUCAGCGGUCAGCCUUUAAGGAUGAGCACGCGAUGCUGCUGUCCCUGCCGACGCACCUGCGCAGCCAGCUGGUCGAAUCCUCGCAAAAGAUGUACUUCCAGGCCAUUCAGGCCUCUUUGGGAAAUUUCGAGAAGGGGCUGGUGGCCGAGCUGGCCGUCCAGGUGAUGCCAAUGCAGGUGCCAUACCACAUGUGCAUCCUGGAGACGGGGGAACUUACCACCGAGCUCUAUGUGGUUGUGACUGGCCGGGUGGAGGCGGUUCUUGUGGAGGAACGCCACAACGAGAACCCGGAGCAGCUGGAGGCCUUCCUGAAGCUUUGCUUGGCCAGCAGUGAUCCACGGAGGAACGGUGGCGGCGUGGCCCGUGAGGACCUCUUCGACGAACCGUCCGGAAAUAGCCUGCCGGAUGCUUCUGCAGAUGGAGAAGAGGCGCGCCCCCGUGCUGAGCGAACACGCCGAAGGCAAGCCACCCCCACAAGGGGAUUGAUCCAGCGGGCGAGGUCCUUCCUCACCGAGGGCGUGGGCUUUGCAGCGCCAGCGCCCUCCGAGGACAUCAUCCAAAUUCUCUGUGGCAUCUAUGGAGAACUGGAGGCUUUCGGCCACUGCGCUGUGGCACCGCUUCGCUUCCGAGGUGGAUGUUACCAAUCCGAGAUCUUCUCCAUCAGCCAGGAUAUCCUGGACAGGGCCAUGUCCGCCUACCCCGGCCGGCAGCAAGAGUUCGAGGUCCAGUGCCGCUCGGCCACGAAGGAGCUGGCCAGGGCCAUGCUGUCGGCCGAGUGGUCCGGGCAGCUGCCACAGUGCGCACAGCCGACGCAGCGCCUCAAAGGGCUGGUGGUCUACCGCACGAAGGCCACAGACGUGCGCCAGCUGCCAGCCGACGUCCUUGAGGAGGCGGACGAAGCUGGAUUUGCACAGGAAGCUGUGCGAUGUGUUUCCUCCAAGCGACUGGACAAGGGGGGCAAGGUGGUGACGGAGGUCGAACCCGUUCAGGAUCCAAGUUGUCGGCACCAAGCUGCGCACAUCCUCAGGACAUCAUCCGGCUCCGAGCUCAGUGACUGCCUGCAGCAGCGAAUCGUGGAACAACCUUCAGCAGAUCCUGCUGAAGCUUUUGGGGAGGAGGAGGAGGAGGAGGAGGAAGUAGAGGUGCAGUCAGGGCAUGGGUCAGGGCCAACGGAGGCAGAGGAGGGCACUGCCUCAACCUUCCUGGCCGCAGUCAAGGCUCGGCUGACGCAGUGGGGCAAGGUCGCUGAGUACCACAAGUUCGUUCUGGCCUUGUCCGGAUGCGUGGAUGUGAAGGCAGCUCUCAAGAUCCUCCGUGGUCACGAUGACCUCAUUGCCGUGUUCCAACGCAAGUUCGCUCCGGAUGCCGACCUCUCGGCAGUGAAGGCGGAGAUCAAGGAGGAGGAUGAGCCUCGACCUCCACCAUUUCCGCCCGCCCGUGCCAAGGUGGAACUUCAGGCAGAACCCGUGGUAGACUCCACAGGCGUGAAGGCCGAGGACGACGACACGCCGCGGCCACCGCGCUUCGCCCCGCUCGAGCGAAGACCGCCGCCUCGGGUCGGCGACGACAGUGACGAGGAGCACUUCGACGAAACAGCGGUGGCUACCGCAGCUUCGCAGGGCCCUCGAGCCUGUGUUGAGGAACUGGCUCGGCUGCUGUUCAGCCGCGGGCGGAAGGCAGGCGACCAGACCGCCCAACGGGUGCAGAUGCAGCGAUAUGCAGAGAAAGUCUCUGCACGGCCUCGGUUCCCGCGAGAACUCUACGUCUUGCGUGGGCUCCCAGGUAUUGGGAAAACAGAGUAUGCGAUGGAACGGCUGCUCGAGAUGAGGCCGCUGGAUCGCGGCGAGGAGCAGUCUGCGCGUCUCACCCACGUCUGUUCGGUGGACGACUUCCUGGAAUCCUUUCGAGGUGAGCCCUUCAAGCUGGAGGCAGCGCACCGGCGGAACGAGGCCCGUGCCUUGCUGGUGAUGGAAGCUGGGAUUCACCCGGUCUUCAUCGACUCGUCGAACCUCCGUCUUUGGGAGAUGCGGCCGUACGUGCUGCUCGCAGAGCGUCUCGGUUACGUGGUGAACGUCGUGGAGCCGUGGGAGAUUUGCGCAAAGUAUCGCGAUCUUAGCUUCCUUGCCGUGAUGCUCGACACUGCCGAGCGCCGACGAAGAGGACGAGUGCUUCCACGACAGGCGCUACUGGCGCUCUUGAAGGCCUUCGAGACUCUUCCAGACUCGGAGGCCGUGCGGCGUGCUCCUCGGCGUGGUGCCCGACACGACCUCCUCGCAUCGAGGUGA